CUUCCAAAUCACCGAACCGAACCGCCCCUCCCAACCUCCCUACUGCAUACUGGCAAAAUGUCGCCGCUCGAACAGAUAACAACGAAACAUUUGAGCAGCUUGUUCUUUGGCGGAUCCUUGGAGCCACAAUGCGGCAGCAACAGCGACGAGGAGGAGCCCACCCUGCACCAGGAGUCAUCCGGCCUAAUGAGCUUCUGCCUUCUGUACCUGGGAAUGGGGAUGCUCUUCUUCUGCAUCAGCGCCAUCACCGACAAGCACACGCAGCACCAGUCACGACUGAAGAAGGAGCGCCGUCAGAGAGGGCGUUCGUUGCGCUAUCGCUCCAUUGCUCCACGCAGGCGGCGUCCCACUGUCAGCGGGCGCAAGCACCAGAGGAAGGGCACAGAGGAGUACGGAACGACGGAUCGAGAUGUUUGGCAGGACCCCUCUGGGCAGGAGGAGAAGGAUGAGGAUCAGCAGCAGGGCGACUUCUACUUUGACACCCUGUCGUACGCUGAAGGCGCUGAUCCGCACCCAUAGCCAUCCAAAUUCCAAAUUCAAAACCAAUAAGCGGCACAAUAAAUUUACAAUAAAAUUAAAGUCAAAAGCAAAA